GACGCACGCAGCGCCCUCUGACCCCGCGCGCACGCGCUCUGCGCAGUCGGCGUAGGGGUUGGCGCCGGGGCGGUCGGGCCAUCGCGGGCUCCGCCGAGUGCGCCCAGCCCAUGGGGAGAAGCGACCGGCGUCUCCGGCAUUAAACGGAGAGAAGAUGUCCCUGUAUGAUGACCUGGGCGUGGAGACCAGUGACUCCAAGACAGAAGGCUGGUCCAAGAACUUCAAGCUGCUGCAGUCUCAGCUGCAGGUGAAGAAGGCGGCACUCACACAGGCCAAGAGCCAGAGGACCAAGCAGAGCACCGUCCUCGCCCCGGUGAUCGAUCUGAAGCGCGGCGGCGGCUCCGCGGACGAACGGCAGAUCGUGGACACACCGCCACACGUGGCCGCUGGCCUCAAGGACCCUGUCCCCAGUGGAUUUUCUGCGGGAGAAGUGCUGAUUCCCUUAGCCGACGAAUAUGAUCCCAUGUUCCCUAAUGACUACGAGAAAGUAGUGAAGCGCCAAAGGGAGGAGCGACAGAGGCAGCGAGAGCUGGAAAGGCAGAAAGAAAUAGAAGAGAGAGAGAAGAGGCGUAAAGACAGACACGAAGCCAGCGGGUUUUCAAGGCGACCAGACCCAGAUUCUGAUGAGGACGAAGAUUACGAACGAGAAAGGAGGAAAAGAAGUAUGGGUGGAGCUGCCAUCGCGCCUCCCACAUCUCUCGUAGAAAAAGACAAGGAGCUGCCCCGAGAUUUCCCUUACGAAGAGGACUCAAGGCCUCGUUCACAGUCUUCCAAAGCUGCCAUCCCCCCUCCAGUGUACGAGGAUCAAGACAGACCCCGCUCUCCCCCCGGGCCUGGCAACUCUUUCCUUGCCAACAUGGGAGGCACGGUGGCGCAUAAGAUCAUGCAGAAGUACGGCUUCCGGGAAGGCCAGGGGCUGGGGAAGCACGAGCAGGGGCUGAGCACGGCCUUGUCGGUGGAAAAGACCAGCAAGCGCGGGGGCAAGAUCAUAGUGGGCGAAGUCACGGAGAAAGGAGGCUCGCCCCCACGGCCGGGCCUCCCAGAUGGAUCCAAGAAAUCGGACUCGAAUCCGUUAACUGAAAUACUCAAGUGCCCUACUAAAGUGGUCCUGCUGAGGAACAUGGUUGGUGCAGGAGAGGUAGAUGAAGACUUAGAAGUUGAAACUAAGGAAGAAUGUGAAAAAUACGGCAAAGUCGGAAAAUGUGUGAUAUUUGAGAUUCCUGGUGCCCCCGACGAUGAAGCAGUGCGGAUAUUUUUAGAAUUUGAGAGGGUUGAGUCGGCAAUUAAAGCUGUUGUUGAUCUGAAUGGAAGGUAUUUUGGUGGACGUGUGGUAAAAGCGUGUUUCUACAAUUUGGAUAAAUUCAGGGUCUUGGAUUUGGCGGAACAAGUUUGAUUUUAAGAGCUCGAGUGAAAGUCGCCUCCGAUGAUCCCCUAAAGGUGAACAGUAAAAAGCAAGGGAAAGACGCUAGCCCAGCUGCUGGGCUCAGAGACUCUGGGCAGGACUUCUCAGACAGAUGUUCGCUGCUCCUUUUUUUAUUUUGUGGUUUUUUUAAUAUAGUAUAAAAAUCCUUUAAAAAAAAAAUUUGUGUGCCUCUCUGGUUGUUUCUCUUUUAUGACCACUUCUGAAUUGAUUGCAAGUAUUUUUGGCUGGAAUCCCAUGAUCAUGCUGAAGUGUCCCCAUGAAACAGCAUUCUUGCACUGAGGAAAAGAAAAAAAAAAUUUUUUUUUAAGUAUAAGGUAGUAAAAGUACCCAGUGAUACUUUGAUCUUUUUUUUAAUCUGAAUCUCCUUUCAACAGUGAUGCCUACAAACUGUUAACCCAUGCUUUCAUAAAUUCCAUAUUAAAGUGUCAUUUUGGCAUCUGCCAAAAAUAUUAGCUUUCUCUAACAGAGAAGUUCUUAGUGGUGCCAGUCAUAGGGGGUAAAGAAAAAAAAAAAGAACUCGCAACCUGAACUCAGGUUGGAGAGUCAUGAUUCCACUCUGACCAGUUUGGAUGAACCAUUUCAGUUAAACUCAACCCGAUUCCAGGGCUGAAGGGGGGCCGGGUGUGUGUGGGCGGGGAUCCUAGGCAUAACCUUAGCCUUCAGAGACUCAAGCCCGGUCUUUAGUGGAGCCCAGAAGCCAGUGACUUGGACCCACAGAGCCCAGUGAUCUACUGGAAAAAUAAAAUUGUCUAAUAGUAUUAGUCUCAAGGAAUCUUGAUAUUCCUAAAAUUCACCCUCAGAAAUGGUACUGUCAGUCGACGCUAUUCUGGAAUCGUAAGAAACCGCAACCUUGAAGGGCAGUGGGGUGUGUGACUUACGAGACAGCAGGACCGACCCCAAAAAGCUAUAAAGUCCCUGGUGCUGUGGUCGCCUGCAGAGCAGGAUAUGUUUUCCGGGAUGUGCCCACUGGUCCAAGCUGGUGACGUGUCUGAGUGGCAGCUGCAGGACACGUGCCUCCGUGGUCUCUGCGAUCCUGUGACAGAGAGAGCACGGAAUGUUUUUUGGGUUUUUAAUUUUUGCAUCCAUGGACUUGGGCUUGGAGACCUAGGAAUAUUCUGAUCCUUUUUACAAAAGGAUUUUGUCAUGUUCUUAUUUAACAUAAAUAAAAGAAUGGCAUUUUC